UCGUGUAUAUUCCACGAUUUGAGUGUUGAUUGAAAUAAUUAAAUGCGAUCAUAAUCUUAUGAAUUUAAACGCGGGAUAUCCAACCGCAUUUUAAGAUGUCAUCCUAUUCCUUGGAUUCCUUGGAAAAAUAUUCAAACAAUGAUCCAAAAACUAUGGCGCGAGAGAAAAUUGGAUUGGCUUGUACUAACCUAAAAAAUCAGGAUAAACAUAAAGAUCGAACGGGUUUUGUGACCGCAAAUAAUUCAGAUGAAGUGGAUGAAACAGGAAGGAAACCACCAACUACGGGAAGAACGUCGAAGCUUGAUGAGAAUAUCGGAAAAUUUAGAAGGAAUGCGAUAAUUACAAGUGGGAGGAUAGCGAAAGGAGAGUUUUGCUGGAGCGUGGAAAAGCUCCCGGUGACAGUUAGUACAAAAACGAAUUUUCGGACGGGGCGUCCCGUUGAAAAAAAGUUCAACGUGCCGAGAGGGCGCUCGUCUUCGUUGUCGUUGUCGAAAUUCCGGCACGAUGGCUCGUCCCUCUCGGGAAAGGGACCCGAGGAUGUCGCCGAGUUCAUGAAAGCCGACAAAAAGCUUGGCAACGUACAGCCGUCUGGCAUCACCGACAGAAGCAAAAAGCCCGUUUCCUACUUGGAAUUCUACCACAGAAGAUUCGCCACAAGCUCCGAAGCGCGUGAUUGCACGCGUGUUCCCGUGGGUUCGACUCCAGCGAAUGGUGAAAUUCGAACGACGAACAAACGGCCAACGAGUACAAACGACGGCGACGCUACUUUGUUGCUCCCGCGGGUCGAGGAUUUCCAUCGUCCAGAGUUACAGCAUAUCGUGUCCGAAGAAUCAAGCGGAAGUCGUUCCUGCGAUACUUUCGUUGCGAAAGGGACAGAAUUCGAAAGGAACGGAAACGAUUCCAAGCCAGGAUGGCCAGGAUGCUGUUCCGACGGUGGCCAACCGAUAAAUCGGCAACGACGAGUAUCUUACAAACCUUACGGUAUCGAGGACUACAAGAACCUCAGCGUUCCGAGUCCUGAUCGUUCACUCGGUCCUGACAGGCACGCGAUGGAAAAAAAGGGAGAGUGGCUGAUGCGACGCAGAACUUACGGAGACUCGGUUAGUGCUCUCAACCGCCAGCGAAUUCUACGUCGUGCUGAGAAACUCAAGAAUUCAAGACGCAGCGAUUCUGAAAAAUCUCUAUCGGAUGGGCUUGCUUCAAUGAAUGCGAAACAUGGGGGUCCCGCAUCAAAGGCUUUGUUGCAACGAGACACAAGCAGCCCUGGAACGAGGCUUCCACGUUCCAAGCAGCGGAAAAUCUUUAACAAGAAAGCAGAGGGUGUGAGUGGAGCAGGAAUAUCAUCGCCCAACAUCCGCAAAGAGGUAUCAGGGUCAAAUUCGUCAAAGAGUAUAACGAAGGCUCGAGCUUUGACUCGGGUCGACAGCAAUUUGUACGAGACCUCGAGUGACGUUCUCGACGACGAAUCGAUGAACCUGGAGAACUUGCGACAGCGCCAUCUUCAGGAGAAGAUUAUAAUAGAUCGUGUUUUGAGACGAGGCUUGUAUGCCUAACGAUAUUAUGUUUCAUUAAUCAUCCUCCAUCUAUGAAAUACAA